UUUUUGUAUGUUAAUAAGACGGCUGUGCUUCUCUCUAGGAUUCCAGUUAAGUGGGUGGUUCCAGCUGGAAAGAUUUGAAAAUCCUCCUGAAAGAGUCAGAGAUGAUGUCAAAGAGAUUUGCAGAGACAAGCAACUGAGGAGAAGCAGCAGCAGCAAAUUUCUCUUUGAUUUUAAGUGAAUGAAUAAACUAAAAUCAUCUGGAAAGCCGGAAAGAGUCGGACACAGUGUCAAAGUGUUUUGUAGUCACAAACAACUCAGCCAGACGGGAGCAAAAGCAGUGUUUUACAAGACCCUCAAGAAACAUGGACAAUCAAACAAAGUUUAUGAUAACUUGUAUGCUUUUUGCAGCCAUCUGUAGCUCCGUGUCCAGUGAUGAAUGGAAGGCCACUGUUGUAAAAAGCAUUGAUGCUCUGGUUACAUCCUGUGUUGUGGUACCAUGUUCAUUCUCCCAUACUGGAGGAAACCUGCCCUCCUCCAGACUCAGAGCAAUGUGGCAUGAAAAAGAUGACAAAAAAAGAAACAUCUAUCAUGAGGAUUAUACACUGAUUAAGGACAACUUUAAGGACCGAACACAGCUGGUGGGACGUCUGGGCCAGAACAACUGCACCUUAGAAAUAACUGGAGUUAAAGAUCAUGACAAUGGCCCUUUCUGUUUCCGGGUUGAACUAGUGCGAACAGAAAACAAUGACCCCACCAAGGACAAGUUCCCCUUUGUUGAAGACUGCGUCGAGUUGAAAAUGCUCACUGAGCCUCCAAAGCCUACAGUGAUUAAACCAAAGACAGCCACUCAAGGAGAGCCCUACACUGUCAUCUGUUCAGUCAUCCACACCUGCCCCACUCAUGUUCCUAAACUCACAUGGAAUCAUGAUAGUACAAACAUCAUUGUGCAUCAUAAAGAUAUUAAACACGGAAACUGGGAGAUGCAGUCCAUCCUGACAUUUAUUCCUGAGGAGAAGGACGACAACAGAGAGAUAAUCUGCACUGCUGAAUUUAAUGGAGGCCUGAAAUCAUCUGAAACUUUCACACUCCAUGUAAAACGUAUUGAGAACUAUAAUCACAUCAUCAUUCCUGCUGUAGUGGGGAUUGGUACAGCUCUGCUCUUUGGCAUCUUCUGCAUUUUCAUGGCAAAAAAAUACAAGUGA